UUUCUUCAAGUCUUGUUUGUUGAUUCAGUGCAGCUGUUUGAAUUGGGAAGCUGUCUGUAAUUUUGUGUCAUUCUCAAAUAAUUAUUCUAUUUUAAAAGCAAAAUCUUUCUUUUGGAAAAAAAUAUUUAUUGUGCGAAGUAUUCUUCUAAAGAAUUUGUAUCGACACUGAUACAACUUUUAUAAUAUUAUAUUCGUAAUAACCCUGUAUGGCUAUCAAAACGUUUUUAGAGUUCAGUUCAGAGUAUGGAAUCUUGAGCUUAAAUCUCAUUACGCUAUAAUAUAUUUCCAGAAUUACUCAUCUUAAAUCCUCUUUUUCUUGUUAUUGAGUUUUUUCAUAGCAAUGACUUCAAAGAAAAAAGAAGCAGCAGCAGCUGCGGCGGCAUCCAGCUCAGACUCGUCAUCAAGCAAUACAUCGUCAUCAUCAUCGACGUCGUCGACAUCAUCCGGAUCCGACUCGAGUUCAUCCGACUCUGACAAUUCAUCAACAAGCGCCAACAAGAGUGCAGCCGUCUCCACCGACUCAGAUUCAAAGAAAAAGACAGCCCCGGCUAAGAAGAAAGUCAAUCCACCCCCCGCAAACAAGACUAAAACAGAAACUAAGAAUGAACCAGUCGCUUCCAGUGAAGUGGUACCACCGCAAAAGAACGUCAAGGAGAAAGUGGUGCCGAAAAGCAAGCAGAUAGCUCAACAGAAAGUAUCUGCCGUUUAUUCGUCAGAAUCAGAUGAUGGUAAUGCAAACACAAAGACUAAUACUAAACGCAAAUCUCCGACCAAACCGAAAGCAUCAGCUACAGUAACACCUGUCACGAAAACUGCCAGACCUGCUCCCAGAGUUCUAGCCAAAAAGCCUGUGGCGGUCGUCAAAUCAAACACUAAGGCCUCCAAUGUGAAGGAUACAAAGUCCAAGAUUGAAGCGCAGAAAAAGUCGAAGACCAAGAGUAUUUUCAGCCCGGACAACAGUAGUGAAAGUGACGGCCACAACGCUACUCCACCUCCGCCCAAGUUGACUGCCAUGAAGACGGUGGCAACUAGCAAGGCGGCCGCAGCUAUCAAGGCCAAGCCCAAGGGCAAGAAGGAAUCCAUGUCCACUUCCGACAAGUCCAGGGCCAGUUCCGUCUCAUCCAACUCUUCUCAAGGCAGUGGUGCAUCUUCAGGCAGCAGUUCGGAUUCGGACUCGAGUGGGGGCGAAUCGGCGACCACCAGCCGAGUGAAAACAGCGUCGUCGCCGGCGAAGAGUCGCUGUGUAGGCCGGCCGAGAAAGACGCCGCCUGCAGCUGCCUCCGCCUCCGCUGCCUCCGCCCCCGAUCAAGGAAGCGGUAGCGAGCCACCAGUAGCCGCCUCCGCCAUUCUGACGCGCAAGCUGACGCGCUCGGUCAGCGCACGCGGCAGAAGCAAACAUCUCACCGGUCGAACUGCCAGUGAUUCCGAGUCUGAAGCAGAAUCAAAGUCUACGUUGACCAAGUCGCCGGUGAAGAAGGGGGCAGGCCCCAAGGGGCCGGCGUCGCAGCGCAAGCCGAAAGGGGCACGAGGCUCGGCCGAGUCUGGCCAAUCGCUGCUCAACGAGGUACGCAAGUGUCCCGUCGAUGGUUGCGAUUCGUCCGGCCAUCUCUGCGGCAAACUCGACAAGCACUUCACCAUUGAGGCGUGUCCCGUCUACCAUAAUCGAACGCCUCAGGCUUGUAAAGAAGCAGUUAUUGAGCGAAAGAAACGCGAAGAAGAGCGCAAAAAAGCAAUAGCGAUGCUGAAGCCGACGCAUGCAAGCAACCCGACGCCAGAGCAGAAGGCUUACCGCCAGAAAGUCAAAGAACUGAAGUCGGUGCACGAAGAGGGCAGCAGCGGCAGUGAACGAGAGAGAAACAACAACAAUAACAACAAUCCGAACAAAGAGAAAGAACCUCUGCUCUACAAAUUCGCCCCCAAAUAUGAUCUGAAAAUGUUCCAGGAGGCUCAGGCUAUUGUUAGUGAGAGCAUUGAGGAAGAACUAUCAAAACUGCCUAGUACAAAGGGAACAAAGUACAUUGAGAUGGGCAAGUUUGAGAUGGAAGUCUGGUACCAAAGUCCUUACCCUGAUGACUAUGCUCGCUUGCCCAAGCUGUAUCUGUGCGAGUACUGCCUCAGGUACAUGAAAAGUCGAGCGAUUCUCAACAGGCAUGCGGUCAAAUGUGUGUGGCGACAUCCUCCAGGCGAAGAGGUUUACAGGAAAGAUAAAAUAUCAGUAUGGGAAGUUGAUGGCAAGCGUUACAAGCCCUACUCACAAAACCUGUGUCUUCUGGCCAAGUUCUUCCUCGAUCACAAGACGCUGUACUAUGAUGUUGAGCCGUUUCUCUUCUACGUCAUGACCAUCAAUGACAACGAAGGAUGUCAUACGGUCGGAUACUUCAGCAAGGAAAAGAACUCGUUCCUCAACUACAACGUUUCGUGUAUACUCACGCUGCCACCAUAUCAAAGGCAGGGAUAUGGCCGACUACUCAUCGACUUCAGUUAUCUUCUUACACGGGUUGAAGGAAAAAUUGGUUCACCGGAAAAGCCACUAUCAGAUUUAGGUUUGAUCUCAUACCGGAGCUAUUGGAAAGAUGUUCUUCUUGAAUACCUGUGCAACUUGGGUGGAAAGCAGUUAUCUGUGAAAGAUAUCAGUCAAGAAAUGGCGAUCAAUUCCUACGACAUUGUCAGCACACUUCAAGCUCUCGGCAUGAUGAAAUAUUGGAAGGGAAAGCAUAUUAUCCUGAAAAAACAGGAUGUGAUUGAAGAAUACGUGGAAAGAUCGAAGAAACGAGGCCUGGUUUACAAAGAAAUCGAUCCCAGCUGUCUGAGGUGGACUCCAUUUGUACCCCCCUCUCCAUCCACUGCUUCAUGAAGAACCCCUUCGGCACAAGGUGAUGUGUAAAAUGAUGCUUCAUCUCUGUGCCAACUCAUCUGCUCAACGUCAAGACAAUGCUAUUAUUAUCAUAGCUGUAUUUAUUAUUUAGAUGUAAUUUGAAGUCUGGUUGAAACCAGUAACAAUCAUCCACCAAUAUUAAGUCAAAAAUGCAGGAUAAGAAGUCUCCAACAGAACAUGUAUUUUUGUCUCUAGGUAACAUAUUUGAAGCAUGAUUAACUGGCAGAUUAGAUAUUAAUCCCAAAGCAAUAUAUUAGUCUCAAAGUGUAUAGUGUUGAAACUGGUUUUUGGAUAGUAACAACACAUCUCUGCAGGAAAAAUUGAUAUGUUUAUGUUUGAUGGUUAUUUUUCAGAUCUUCAUCUGUGAAUGAAUUAAUCACGCUUAUAUCCGUUUCGCUUUGAACUCACACCAGAUGUAGAUGACAGGAUGAGAUUUUUUCAAACAGAAACAUUUUGAUUUCUAUCUGGAAAACUGGAAAUGUGAAAGCUUCUCACCAAUGUAUUCAGUCCGAGGCACCGGCUGGGUGGACAGGUCAUAGUAGCAGUGAUCAAAUGUAAUAGUAUUUCAUGUUUUCAUGACAACUCCAAGAAAUUAUGUGUAUUUUUACAUGUUGACGUUUCACCUGAUCAUAUCAACAAUACCUUAAUGAGUUGUAUGAAUGUUUGAUAAUGAGUAUUAAAAUCUAUGUAAUAAUAUUGUUGAAAAGAGACACAGUCAAUCCCUUUAAAUUUACCUUUUCACUUAUUUAACACCCAUACAAUAACCCACAACCUAUUAGCAAAUAGUUAUACAAUAUUGUUAUAAAAGGAAAAAAUAUUUUACGGUUGAAGCCAUAAAGUACUAUAAAUUUAUAAAGUACUGUAUGUUGUAAGAUUUUUUUAAUCCGUUUAGAUAAUUUUGAAAUUUUUACAGGGUUUGAAGAUUUUUGUUGGAGAUUUUUACUAAACUAAGAUGAAUAUAUCGAUGUAUGUAGUUCUAUGAAAU